AUGACUGACCUGAUAUUACAUUGGGCUAUCAGUAACGGGUGUCAUAUUGGUUGGAAACUUGCCCAAUUGGUGUCUGCUCCUUUGCCAACAUUACCACCUAAUGCUACCAAGGAAAUCACCACCGAUCUUAUUAAAAACUACGCCCUCGAAAACAAUUUUGAAUUGACUAAAGUUCGCUCUUCAGAAACCAGGAUUUAUUUUCAAUGUAAAAGACGCGGUGUUUACCGCAACACUCGUGAAUUAGCCGAAGCUAAUCGUAAGCGUCAAAAGGACAGUUGCAAAUGUAACUGCUCUUAUUACAUUAAAGUAAAAACAACCAAGGAUGGAGGUUUUUUCUACACUCAACCUACCGGGGAUGAACAUUUUCAUAGUCACCCACUCAGUGCAGAAAAUGUUUUUUUGAGCAGUAAUGGAAGAAAGAACAAGCUCCAUUCUGACGAUGUUAAAAAAAUUCAAAAGGGUAUAGAGCAGGAAGUACCAACAAAGUUGAUCCAAAAAUUGAUCAGCGCUGAAAGUGGCGUCAAUAAGCUGACAGUUCAUGAUAUCAACAAUUUAAGAUACAAAAAUACGGAUCGUGUGAACCUUCGGUCUGACAAUGGAGCUAAAUUGCUCAUCCACCACAUCGAGAGCAACAAUGCCACCCUGAAAUAUUUUAACAACUCAAAUAUCUGCAGCGAAUUGAAAAAUAAAGUUUUCGCUAUGAUGACUUGUUCUACAUCUGAACGAUACAAUGUUUUGAAACAACAUGUUGAUGAAAUUCUUUCGAACACCAACAACUUUACCAAUGCUGAAAUGCUGCAAAAGUUCAAUACGUAUUACACUAACGAAUGGGUGAAAUAUACCGAAAGAUGGGCAGGUCAUAUCACCUCAAAGUUGAAACACUUUGGUUGCGUUACAACGCAAAGGGCUGACAGUGGACAUAGUAUUGUCAAAAAGGGAAUGUUUUUCCUUCAACCUCUUGAUUUAGCUUUCAGCACCAUUGACAGUAAUCUGAGCAAUUUUGAAAGAGGAUAUAAGGACAUUGAAAAUGGGGAAAAAUAUAAGGUGGAUGUUCGCGUUUCUUUGGAGCCUCGUUUGGCCCAUUUGAUUGGGAAAGUAACUCACCGUGCGUUUGUUUUCCUCCGUACUGAAAUUUUAAGAAAAUCGGUUGACAUUUCCAGUCCAUGCAGUUAUCAAUGUGGACUAAAUUAUGGUCUCCCUUGCUUUCACGACUUGCAACGUUUGGAAAAAAUUAAAAUGGAAAACAUUCCAAGCAGAUGGUGGUUUGAACGCCUACAAAGUUCAAUCCGUUAUGAAGAAUUUUCUGUUGAAGCUGAAAUAUUAGAAAGUGUGAUGAAUAUUAUGAUUGAAGAUGAAACAUGGGUGGACGAACUAUCUUUACGUCUUCACUCAAAUGACGACGUUAAGUCACUUGGUAGGCCCAAGAAGACGGUGAGGCUCAGUGCUUUCAAAAAGGGUCACGCCAAGAAAACAGCAAGUAACCUUGCAAUCCACAAAGUCGAAUUGGAGAAUGACGACGAUGAAGAAGUUUGGGAGGUGAAGGGCCUGAAUAGAAAAGCUGAUGAGUGGGUCGGGAUGCCUGAGAGAGCGAAGAGGCGAAAGGUUGAUUUGGCUGAAGAGAAUGAGAACUUCUCGAAGUUACAUUCGUCAAUCGACAAAUCGAAUGUGAAAGCCGUAUAUGAUCCCGCUGGAGACGGUUAUUGUGGUUUUAGGGCAAUAGCCUUUUUGCAUUACGGUGACGAGAACAAAUUCCAACUCGUGAAAAAGGAUAUGUUGCUGGCACUUCAAAAGAACAAGGAAUAUUAUGCAAAUAUUCUUGGCCAAAAUGUCGUUGAGUUAAAGGUUACGAUAAGCAGGGGAUUAAAAGAUGCAGCAGAAUCAGCAAUCUGGUUUAAAAGCUCAGGUUGUGCUCAAGUUGUUGCUGAUGCGUACAAUAUUCCUGUUUGCGUCUAUAACUGA